AUGGAGUUUUACCUGGAGAUUGACCCUGUCACCUUGAACCUGAUCAUCCUAAUUGCGAGCUACGUCAUCUUGCUCCUGGUUUUCCUCAUCUCCUGCGUGCUGUAUGACUGCCGGGGCAAGGACCCCAGUAAGGAGUACGCUUCUGAGGCCAGCCUGGAUGCCCAGUCCUCCAUCCGCCUGGUGGUGAUGCAGCAAAGUGCUCCAGGGGCCCCCUGGGCAAGGGGGGCCGGCCUUCAUUUUGGGAAUCCUGCUCCACUAGGGAAGAAAAGCACAAUGGUGUGA